CUUAUGGCUGUUCCAGGAAAGGUGGCAGCUUUCCAUCUGCCUCCCCUGCCAACUGUUGGAGAGAUUAUUAAACUCUUUCGCCUUAAAGCGCAGAAACAACUUUCCCAGAACUUUCUACUGGAUUUGCGAUUGACAGACAAGAUAGUGAGACAAGCUGGUGAGCUGAAAAACACACACGUUUGUGAAGUGGGCCCUGGGCCAGGAGGAAUUACCAGAUCCAUUCUCAGAGCUGGUGUUGAACAGCUCCUUUUAAUUGAAAAGGAUGCUCGAUUUAUUCCAGGAUUACAGAUGUUAUCAGAAGCAGCUCCAGGAAAAGUACGCAUUGUUCAUGGAGAUAUCCUGACAUAUAAAAUGGAGAAGGCUUUUCCAAAGCAUUUAAAAAAGAACUGGGAGGAUGAGCCACCAGAUAUACAUAUCAUUGGGAAUCUGCCCUUCAGUGUUUCAACUCCUCUGAUCAUCAAAUGGCUUGAAAAUGUUUCCAAGAAGGAUGGACCUUUUAUUUAUGGCAGGACGCAGAUGACAUUGACUUUUCAGAAGGAAGUUGCAGAGAGGCUUACAGCUAAUCCAGGAGGUAAGCAACGUAGCAGACUGUCCAUCAUGUCUCAGCAUCUCUGCACUGUUGAAAACUGUUUCGUAAUUCCAGGUCAAGCCUUUGUUCCAAAGCCAGAGGUGGAUGUGGCUGUGGUGCAUUUCACUCCAUUGGUGCAACCAAAGAUACAGCAACCGUUUGAGCUGGUAGAAAAAGUGGUUCAAAGUGUUUUUCAGUUUAGAAGGAAAUACUGCUUCCGUGGAAUCGAGACCUUGUUUCCUGAAAGUGGACGUUUGAAAAGAACAGAACAGCUGAUGAUGACAGCAAAUGUUGAUCCAACUCUUCGUCCUGCUCAGCUCUCCAUGUCACAAUUUAGAAAUCUGUGCAAUACAUACAGGAAAAUGUGCGAUGAAGACCCAAGCCUUUUUGUGUACAAUUACAGAGAAGAGUUAAGGCAAAGGAAGAUGAGGAAUUCUUGUAAAAGUACCAGUCAGUCUGAACAGACUGAAGAGGAAAAUCAUCUGUAA